AUGGGGCUUGGCAGGAGGAUAUGGCGACCAGAAUGGGCUUUCCUGUUAGCAGUUUGCUAUAUCCAUCAGAUAGGAGCCCAGACUGAAGUUCAACAGGAAACAGAAAGCAAAUCCACUGGGGUUGUUCAGCAGGAACAAAAUAUUUUGUCUAAGGUCAAUAUCAUCCCGCCAAUGUUGACAAAUCCAAUAAUAACACCUUCCAAUCCUGCUCACAAUGGCCGCGUGUGCAGCACGUGGGGCAACUUCCACUUCAAGACCUUUGACGGAGACAUAUUCUCCUUCCCUGGGCUCUGUAAUUAUGUUUUUGCAUCCCAUUGCAACGCUCCCUAUGAGGAUUUCAACAUCCAGCUUAGGCGCAUAGUGGUCAAAAAUGCUCCAACAAUCAACCACAUCACCAUGAAAAUUGAAGGUGUGGCUGCUGAACUAACGAAGGAUGUUAUAAUGAUCAACAGCAAGAGAGUUCAACUGCCAUACAGCCAAUCUGGAAUUACUAUAGCGAAAAACAGCAUUUACGUGAAAGUUGCCAGCAAAAGUGGCAUCGUGUUAAUGUGGAAUGAAGAUGACAGUAUCCUGCUGGAAUUGAAUGAGAAAUAUGCCAAUCAGACCUGUGGACUUUGUGGGGACUUCAAUGGCAUUCCAAAUUACAAUGAGUUCUAUUCAAACAAUAUUAAGUUGACAGCCUUGCAGUUCGGGAAUAUGCAGAAAAUGGAUGGGCCAACAGAACACUGUGAAGACCCGACAUCUACCCAGCCAGAUAAUUGCACUGAUAAUCUUGAUGACAUAUGCCAGAAAACACUGACCAGCUCUGCAUUUGCAGAGUGUAAUGACCUAGUUGAUGUUACAGAGUACAUUAUGGCUUGCCAAGAUGACUUGUGCCACUCUGAAGAGUCUAAAAAUGCUUCAUGUAUCUGUGACACCUUUGCUGAAUACUCCCGGCAGUGUGCUCAUGCUGGUGGGCAUCCUCUGAACUGGAGAACCUCAAAACUGUGCCCCAAGAAGUGUCCUUACAACAUGCAGUAUCAGGAGUGCAGCUCCCCCUGUGCUGACACAUGUACCAAUCUGGAACGAUCUCAGUUUUGUGAAGAACACUGUAUGGAUGGUUGUUUCUGCCCCCCAGGGACAGUAUUUGAUGACAUCAACAAUUCUGGCUGCAUUCCCCAUGAGCAGUGCUCCUGUAUUUACAAUGGCAACACCUACGCUACAGGAGCUUCUUUUUCAGACCAGUGCCAUUCCUGUACCUGUAAUGGAGGCCAGUGGAGUUGCCAAGACAUGUCAUGCCCAGGAACAUGUUCAGUAGAGGGAGGUUCACACAUUUCCACAUAUGAUAAGAAACAUUAUGAUCAUCAUGGAGACUGCACUUAUGUCCUUUCUAAGCACUGUAAAGAUGAAACAUUCACCAUCCUGGUAGAACUACGCAAAUGCGGCCUAACAGACACUGAAACAUGCUUAAAGACAGUGACCCUCAACAUGAAUAAAGGACAAACUCUCAUCGAGGUCAAACCUGAUGGUGGUGUGUUUGUGAACUCGAUCUACACCCAGCUGCCCAUCUCAGCAGCUAAUGUCACCAUGUUCAGACCUUCAUCAUUCUUCAUCAUCAUACAGACAAACUUUGGCGUCCUCCUUGAAAUCCAAAUCAUACCCAUUAUGCAAGUGUUUGUGCGACUGGACCCUAUUUUCAAAGACCAGACCUGUGGUCUCUGUGGAAAUUUCAAUAAUAUCCAAACUGAUGACUUCAAGGCCAUAAGUGGAAUAAUCGAAGGAACAGCAACAGCAUUUGCAAAUACAUGGAGAACUCAGGCUUCAUGCCCUAAUAUCCAGAGCAGCUUUGAGAACCCUUGUGCACUCAGCAUUGAUAAUGAAAAAUAUGCUCAGCAUUGGUGUGGACUACUAACUGACAGCAAAGGACCUUUUGCUGAUUGUCACCAUGCAGUGAAUCCCUCAGUUCACCACACGAACUGCAUGUUUGACACAUGUAACUGUGAAAAUAGUGAGGACUGUCUGUGUGCAGCCCUGUCUUCCUAUGUGAGAGCUUGUGCUGCAAAAGGAAUCCAGCUGAGUGGAUGGAGGACUGAUGUCUGCUCAAAAUACACUACCUCAUGUCCCAAAUCCCUAAGCUACAGCUAUACCAUCUCUUCCUGCCAACCUACCUGCCGGUCUCUGAGUGAGCCUGAUGUCACAUGCGACAUUAAGUUUGUCCCAGUUGAUGGCUGCACCUGUGUAAAUGGAACUUACAUGGAUGAAAAUGGCAAAUGUGUGCCUGCUAAUGAAUGCCCCUGCUACUUCAGAGGCUCUCCCAUACCAUUUGGAGAAGUUAUUAACGAAAAUGGGCUUGUAUGCACUUGCACCCAGGGAAGACUGGAUUGUAUUGGAGCACCUUCAACUACAGUCUGUAAAUAUCCCAUGGUCUACUUCGACUGUAAAAACAUCACUGCAGGAACAACAGGAGCAGAAUGCCAAAAAAGUUGCCAGACUCUGGAUCUGCAGUGUUAUAGGACACAAUGUAUAUCUGGCUGUGUGUGCCCAGCUGGGCUUGUGUUAGACAAGAAUGGUGAUUGUAUUCCUGAAGAGGAAUGUCCAUGUAUUCACAAUGAAGCCAUGUAUCAGCCUGGGGAAAAGAUCAGCGUUGACUGCAACACCUGUGUGUGCAGGAAUAGGAAGUGGGAAUGCACUGAAGAGCAAUGUCUAGGCACUUGUGCUGUUUACGGAGACGGUCAUUAUAAUACCUUUGAUGACAAAAGGUUCAGCUUUAAUGGAAACUGUGAAUACACACUAGUCCAGGACCACUGUGGGAAGAGUGGCACAGCCAAUGGGACCUUCAGGGUUAUCACUGAAAAUAUUCCCUGUGGCAACACUGGGACAACUUGCUCAAAAUCUAUCAAAGUUUUCUUAGAGGGCUAUGAACUGAUACUUGGUGAGGAGCAUGUCAGUGUAAUAAAGAGGGGACAAAAUGAUGAGGUGCCAUACACAGUCCGCUAUAUGGGUAUGUACUUGGUAAUUGAGACCACAAGCGGAAUGAUCCUCGUAUGGGACAAGAAAACCAGCAUCUUCAUCAAGCUCAGCCCUGAUUUUAAGGGACAGACCUGUGGCCUCUGUGGAAAUUAUGAUGGCAAUGGCAUCAAUGACUUUACUACAAGGAGUCAGUCUGUGGUAGAGAAUGUCCUAGAGUUUGGAAACAGCUGGAAAGUAUCCUCUACGUGUCCUGAUGCUUACAGCAUACGGGACCCAUGUUCUACCAACCUUUAUCGAAAGUCUUGGUCAGAGAAGCAGUGUAGCAUCAUCAACAGUGAUGUCUUUGCUGCCUGUCACUCUCAGGUUGAACCAGCAAAAUAUUACCAAGCAUGUGUGACAGACGCUUGUGCAUGUGACACUGGAGGAGACUGUGAUUGCUUUUGUACAGCAGUAGCUGCCUAUGCUCAAGCAUGUAGUGAAGUUGGUGUGUGCAUAGCCUGGAGGACCCCAUCAAUCUGUCCACUGUUCUGUGAUUACUACAAUCAACAAGGGAAAUGUGAAUGGCACUAUAAGCCUUGUGGAGCCUCCUGUAUGAAGACCUGUAGGAACCCCAGUGGAAAAUGCCUCCACAAUUUGCCAGGCUUAGAAGGCUGCUAUCCUAAUUGUCCAUCAGAGACACCGUAUUUUCAUGAGGAUCAGAUGAAGUGUGUUAGUCUCUGUGACUGUUACAGUAAUGAAGAUGGAAAGAUAUAUAGACGAGAUGAAUGUCACUUAUGUGAAUGCACAUCAGAAGGUUUACAGUGCAAGUUUGAUGAUAAAGUUACAGCAUGCUACUGCAUUUAUGAAGGGAAGAGCUAUAAAUAUGGUGAACUCAUCUACAACACCACAGAUGGAACUGGAUGGUGUUUCAGUGCAACAUGUGACAUCAAUGGAACAAUAAACAGAAAUAUCUUUCAAUGUGGCAUCACUCCAUCAACCCCAUUUACAUUUUCUACAAGUCAGCCCACAACUACUGCUUCAGAAGUGGCAACUACAACAUCACCAACAACUGUAUGUGUGAUGAAUAUUUGUGCGUGGUCACAAUGGUAUGAUACCACAAUACCUGAAGACAAAGACGACAGUGGAGAUUAUGAAACAUUUGAAAACCUCAGAGCUAAAGGAUACAGCGUGUGCAAAAACCCGCAUGCUGUUCAAUGUAGAGCCAAAGAACAUCCAGAUACAGAAAUAACAAAUCUUAAGCAAACGGUACAAUGUAAUCAAAACACAGGACUGAUAUGUAACAACAAAGACCAACAAUCUAAACGCUGCUACAAUUAUGAAAUCAGAAUAUCAUGCUGCAGCUAUGUACCAUGUUCAGAACCACAAACUACAACACCAACAGAAUUCACAACCACUGCUGUAACAGUAGGAACAAAGACAAAAAUAACAACUCAAAAAUCCGAACCGCAAAAAGUAUCUACAACACCGAACACCAGAGAAAAAACAACUUCUCUCACUAAAAAUUCGGUUUCAGCAACGACAUCAGAAGUCUUAACAACACGCUACCAGACCAUGUCAACUGCAGCAGAAAUCUCCAGUGACCUGACCCAAACACCAGAAGCACCCAUUACUGCCUCCACUCUCAUCCAGUCAACAAGGACAACAACCACUAGCAACACAGUUAUGGACAGUACCACUGCACCUCCAACAGAAGAAACAACCACCAUCAUACCCACACAAACAGCGUCCACCUCAACAGCCACCACCACUAACACCACACCCGAGCCCACAACCAACUGCCAGCCGCUCUGUACAUGGACACAAUGGUUUAAUUUGGAUUCCCCUGCCCCUGGUAGCCAAAAUGGAGACGUAGAGACAGUUGCAAAAAUCCGCGCCGCUGGGUAUGCACUGUGUGAAAAGCCACAAGGCAUCAACUGCCGUGCUAAAGAUUACCCUGAGCGGAGUCAGCAGCAACUGGGACAGAUAUUUGAGUGCAGCCUUGAAAAUGGGCUUGUGUGCAGAAAUGAGGAUCAGAUCGCAAAAUAUCCCAUAUGCUUUGACUAUGAGAUCCAGGUGCGGUGCUGUGAGUAUACACACUGCCAGUCAACAACCACCACUGGCACCACAGUUGUCUCCUCUACCCCUGCCUCGACAACACAAGAAACAACUGUUGUAACAACCACCGGCAGCGCCAGCACCACCAGGACCUCUCCCCCUCCAACAAAUGCCACAACCACCAUCACACCCACACCAACAGUGUCCACUUCAGCCAGUAGUACUGCCAGCACCUCCAGGACCACCACAGGAAGCACCACAACAUCCACAGCCACGUCUGCUCCAACAGAAACCUCUACUGUGGCAACCCAGACUCCAACAUCACCCACUACUACUGCCUCCACACUACCCGAGUCAUCACUGACAACCACCACUGGCACCACAGUUGUCUCCAGUACCCCUGCCCCGACAACACAAGGCACCACUGUCACCACAACCACCGGCAGCACCAGCACCACAAGGACCUCUCCCCCUCCAACAAAUGCCACAACCACCAUCACACCCACACCAACAGUGUCCACUUCAGCCAGUAGCACUGCCAGCACCUCCAGGACCACCACAGGAAGCACCACAACAUCCACAGCAGCAUCUGCUCCAACAGAAACCUCUACUGUGGCAACCCAGACUCCAACAUCACCCACUACUACUGCCUCCACACUACCUGAGUCAUCACUGACAACCACCACUGGCACCACAGUUGUCUCCAGUACCCCUGCCUCGACAACACAAGAAACAACUGCUGUAACAACCACUGGCAGCACCAGCACCACCAGGACCUCUCCCCCUCUAACAAAUGCCACAACCACCAUCACACCCACACCAACAGUGUCCACUUCAGCCAGUAGCACUGCCAGCACCUCCAGGACCACCACAGGAAGCACCACAGCAUCCACAGCCACGUCUGCUCCAACAGAAACUUCUGCUGUGGCAACCCAGACGCCAACAUCACCCACUACUACUGCCUCCACACUACACGAGUCAUCACUGACAACCACCACUGGCACCACAGUUGUCUCCAGUACCCCUGCCCCGACAACACAAGGCACCACUGUCACCACAACCACCGGCAGCACCAGCACCACCAGGACCUCUCCCCCUCCAACAAAUGCCACAACCACCAUCACACCCACACCAACAGUGUCCACUUCAGCCAGUAGCACUGCCAGCACCUCCAGGACCACCACAGGAAGCACCACAACAUCCACAACCACCAUCACACCCACACCAACAGUGUCCACUUCAGCCAGUAGCACUGCCAGCACCUCCAGGACCACCACAGGAAGCACCACAACAUCCACAGCCACGUCUGCUCCAACAGAAACCUCUACUGUGGCAACCCAGACUCCAACAUCACCCACUACUACUGCCUCCACACUACCUGAGUCAUCACUGACAACCACCACUGGCACCACAGUUGUCUCCAGUACCCCUGCCUCGACAACACAAGAAACAACUGUUGUAACAACCACUGGCAGCACCAGCACCACCAGGACCUCUCCCCCUCCAACAAAUGCCACAACCACCAUCACACCCACACCAACAGUGUCCACUUCAGCCAGUAGCACUGCCAGCACCUCCAGGACCACCACAGGAAGCACCACAACAUCCACAGCCACAUCUGCUCCAACAGAAACCUCCACUGUGGCAACCCAGACGCCAACAUCACCCACUACUACUGCCUCCACACUACCCGAGUCAUCACUGACAACCACCACUGGCACCACAGUUGUCUCCAGUACCCCUGCCCCGACAACACAAGGCACCACUGUCACCACAACCACCGGCAGCACCAGCACCACCAAGACCACUCCCCCUCCAACAAAUGCCACAACCACCAUCACACCCACAACAACAGCGUCCACAUCAACAUCCACCACCACUAACACCACACCCGAGCCCACAACCAACUGCCAGCCGCUCUGUACAUGGACACAAUGGUUUAAUUUGGAUUCCCCUGCCCCUGGUAGCCAAAAUGGAGACGUAGAGACAGUUGCAAAAAUCCGCGCCGCUGGGUAUGCACUGUGUGAAAAGCCACAAGGCAUCAACUGCCGUGCUAAAGAUUACCCUGAGCGGAGUCAGCAGCAACUGGGACAGAUAUUUGAGUGCAGCCUUGAAAAUGGGCUUGUGUGCAGAAAUGAGGAUCAGAUCGCAAAAUAUCCCAUAUGCUUUGACUAUGAGAUCCAGGUGCGGUGCUGUGAGUAUACACACUGCCAGUCAACAACCACCACUGGCACCACAGUUGUCUCCUCUACCCCUGCCUCGACAACACAAGAAACAACUGUUGUAACAACCACCGGCAGCGCCAGCACCACCAGGACCUCUCCCCCUCUAACAAAUGCCACAACCACCAUCACACCCACACCAACAGUGUCCACUUCAGCCAGUAGCACUGCCAGCACCUCCAGGACCACCACAGGAAGCACCACAACAUCCACAGCCACAUCUGCUCCAACAGAAACCUCCACUGUGGCAACCCAGACGCCAACAUCACCCACUGCUACUGCCUCCACACUACCCGAGUCAUCACUGACAACCACCACUGGCACCACAGUUGUCUCCAGUACCCCUGCCCCGACAACACAAGGCACCACUGUCACCACAACCACCGGCAGCACCAGCACCACCAAGACCACUCCCCCUCCAACAAAUGCCACAACCACCAUCACACCCACAACAACAGCGUCCACCUCAACAGCCACCACCACUAACACCACACCCGAGCCCACAACCAACUGCCAGCCGCUCUGUACAUGGACACAAUGGUUUAAUUUGGAUUCCCCUGCCCCUGGUAGCCAAAAUGGAGACGUAGAGACAGUUGCAAAAAUCCGCGCCGCUGGGUAUGCACUGUGUGAAAAGCCACAAGACAUCAACUGCCGUGCUAAAGAUUACCCUGAGCGGAGUCAGCAGCAACUGGGACAGAUAUUUGAGUGCAGCCUUGAAAAUGGGCUUGUGUGCAGAAAUGAGGAUCAGAUCGCAAAAUAUCCCAUAUGCUUUGACUAUGAGAUCCAGGUGCGGUGCUGUGAGUAUACACACUGCCAGUCAACAACCACCACUGGCACCACAGUUGUCUCCUCUACCCCUGCCUCGACAACACAAGAAACAACUGUUGUAACAACCACCGGCAGCACCAGCACCACCAAGACCACUCCCCCUCCAACAAAUGCCACAACCACCAUCACACCCACACCAACAGCGUCCACUUCAGCCAGUAGGACUGCCAGCACCUCCAGGACCACCACAGGAAGCACCACAACAUCCACAGCCACAUCUGCUCCAACAGAAACCUCUACUGUGGCAACCCAGACUCCAACAUCACCCACUACUACUGCCUCCACACUACCCGAGUCAUCACUGACAACCACCACUGGCACCACAGUUGUCUCCAGUACCCCUGCCUCGACAACACAAGAAACAACUGUUGUAACAACCACUGGCAGCACCAGCACCACCAGGACCUCUCCCCCUCCAACAAAUGCCACAACCACCAUCACACCCACACCAACAGUGUCCACUUCAGCCAGUAGCACUGCCAGCACCUCCAGGACCACCACAGGAAGCACCACAACAUCCACAGCCACAUCUGCUCCAACAGAAACCUCCACUGUGGCAACCCAGACUCCAACAUCACCCACUACUACUGCCUCCACACUACCCGAGUCAUCACUGACAACCACCACUGGCACCACAGUUGUCUCCAGUACCCCUGCCCCGACAACACAAGGCACCACUGUCACCACAACCACCGGUAGCACCAGCACCACCAGGACCUCUCCCCCUCCAACAAAUGCAACAACCACCAUCACACCCACACCAACAGUGUCCACUUCAGCCAGUAGCACUGCCAGCACCUCCAGGACCACCACAGGAAGCACCACAACAUCCACAACCACCAUCACACCCACACCAACAGUGUCCACUUCAGCCAGUAGCACUGCCAGCACCUCCAGGACCUCCACAGGAAGCACCACAACAUCCACAGCAGCAUCUGCUCCAACAGAAACCUCUACUGUGGCAACCCAGACGCCAACAUCACCCACUACUACUGCCUCCACACUACACGAGUCAUCACUGACAACCACCACUGGCACCACAGUUGUCUCCAGUACCCCUGCCCCGACAACACAAGGCACCACUGUCACCACAACCACUGGCAGCACCAGCACCACCAAGACCACUCCCCCUCCAACAAAUGCCACAACCACCAUCACACCCACAACAACAGCGUCCACCUCAACAGCCACCACCACUAACACCACACCCGAGCCCACAACCAACUGCCAGCCGCUCUGUACAUGGACACAAUGGUUUAAUUUGGAUUCCCCUGCCCCUGGUAGCCAAAAUGGAGACGUAGAGACAGUUGCAAAAAUCCGCGCCGCUGGGUAUGCACUGUGUGAAAAGCCACAAGGCAUCAACUGCCGUGCUAAAGAUUACCCUGAGCGGAGUCAGCAGCAACUGGGACAGAUAUUUGAGUGCAGCCUUGAAAAUGGGCUUGUGUGCAGAAAUGAGGAUCAGAUCGCAAAAUAUCCCAUAUGCUUUGACUAUGAGAUCCAGGUGCGGUGCUGUGAGUAUACACACUGCCAGUCAACAACCACCACUGGCACCACAGUUGUCUCCAGUACCCCUACCACAACAACACAAGAAACAACCAUUGUAACAACCACCGGCAGCACCAGCACCACCAGGACCUCUCCCCCUCCAACAAAUGCAACAACCACCAUCACACCCACACCAACAGUGUCCACUUCAGCCAGUAGCACUGCCAGCACCUCCAGGACCACCACAGGAAGCACCACAACAUCCACAGGCACGUCUGCUCCAACAGAAACCUCUACUGUGGCAACCCAGACUCCAACAUCACCCACUACUACUGCCUCCACACUACCUGAGUCAUCACUGACAACCACCACUGGCACCACAGUUGUCUCCAGUACCCCUGUCCCAACAACACAAGGAACAGCCAUUGUAAUAACCACUGGCAGCACCAGUACCACCAAGACCACUCCCCCUCCAACAGAAGGCACAACCAUCAUCACACCCACACCAAGAACAUCCACCUCAGCCAGUAGCACUGUCAGCACUUUGAGGACCACAGCAGAAAGCACCACAACAUCCACACCCAUGUCCACUCCAGCAGAAAUCUCCACUGUGACUAGCCAGGUUUCAACAUCACCCAGUACUGCCUCCAGCCUCUCUCAGUCAAAUACUACAAGCAUCUUCCUUCCAACAUCUGUUUCUUCUACUGAACAAAGUACAGCCACCAGUUUUUUUCCCACAAGUGUCACUAUCACUAGCAUGCCAGUAUCUACAGCUGGUAUAUCACAAUCAAGUAGUGUUACAACAAGCACUUCUGUAAUCAUCAGUUCUUCCUCCAGCACAUCUGUCACAACAGAAGCAAGUACAUAUGUUACAUCAAGCAGAACAACUCCCUGUUUUUGUCACGUGUCUGGUAACUACUUUUCUCCUGGGGAAGUGGUAUACAACAAAACAGAUGGGGCUGGCUGUAGUUUUUACGCACUUUGCAGCAAGGAAUGUGAAAUUCACCCAUUCCAGGGGCCAUGUCCUUUGACUACUCCUUUUACUCCAGAAACUACAGCACAAACCACUUCAUCCACAGAACAUGUCUCAUCAACCACAGCAACAGCCCCCACAACUUCAGCAGAAAUAAACUGCACUGACAUCAGUCCUCCACGAAAGCCUGGAGAGAACUGGACAAGUGGAUGCCAAGAGUGUUCCUGUGACCACGACACGGCUACCGUACGAUGCAAGCAGAUCACAUGCCAGAAACCAGUUUGUGAUGUAGGAUUUCUUUCUCUUGCUGUAAUAAAACAACAAGGCCCAUGUUGUCCUGAAUAUGAAUGUGAACCUGCUUGUCUGGUUAAUGGUACAAUGUUCCAGGCUGGAACGUGGAUAAUCAAUUCGUGUAUGAACUGUACCUGCUCUUCUCAGAAUGGUAAACUGACCCAGGCAGAUAUGCACUGUGAAAGAGUUCCAUGUAACACAUCUUGUCCACUGGGUUAUGAAUAUAGGACUACGGAUGGGGAGUGCUGUGGGAAGUGUCAUGAAAUAGCUUGCACAAUCAAAUUAAGUAAUGGCACCGUUCGUGUGCUCAAUGUUGAUGAAGUCCUGCCACUCGAUCACUGCAGCCAAUACAAAUGUGAAAAAAUUGAAGAUCAAUUUGUUGCAGUCCAAACUAAAAAAAUAUGCCCUGAGUACAAUCCAGGAGAGUGUGAUCCUGAUGAAGCAGAGACUACUCCCGAUGGCUGCUGCAAAAUAUGUAAACCUAAGAAAUGCAAACGUUACAGCAAAAAAACUGUGAUCCGCCAUGGUGACUGUGAAUCUUCUGAACCUGUUCAGCUGGCAUAUUGUGAAGGAACUUGUCCUGGCUCCUCAGUGUACUCUCUUGAAGCAAACCAGAUGCAACAUGAGUGCAGUUGCUGCUAUGAGUACAGCAGCCACACAAGAGAAGUGACCUUGACUUGCCAAAAUGGAACAAGCAUAAAUCAUAAUUAUGUCUACGUGGAACAAUGCCAGUGUAUGAAUGCAUGCACAUCAGAAAACUCUGCUGCACAUGACUCCCAAGUGGAAAAUUCUGCAACGUAUGGUUCCCAAAGCAAACUCAGAAGAAGAAAAAGAUGAUAAUUCAAAAAAGAAAAAGCAGAGACCUUAGUGAAGCUGGAAUCACAUCUUCCCCAGAAUAACCUGCGCUCCUUCUUCAACAGAUUCUACAUCAGUUUCUGUUAUCACCUUUUCUCACUUCUUACUUACAAAAAAAAAAAAAAAAAAAAAUAAAA